UAUCACCAUCUACGCACUACCUCGAUGGCGGUGAAGUAUUUGUUCAUAGCCAUAACUGUUAGUAUUGCAGUGCAUAAUUGCAGCGGUGUAAGUUUGGAUGGUGGCGAUACGCUUCGAUUGGGGACUUCGCUCACUGGAAAUCAGACCCUAAUUUCCAAGAAUGGCACGUUUGCAUUGGGAUUUUUCAGUCCCACGGGAACGAAUAAUUGGUAUAUUGGCAUCUGGUAUGCACCAACCUCUCAGAAAGCCAUAGUUUGGGUGGCUAACAGAGAUAAUCCUGUCAGAAACAUGCCUGGCGUUCUCAAGUUUUCGAGAGAAGGUCAUCUCAGAUUGCUUGAUAGAGAGGGCCGGUCAGUUUGGUGGACUGAUAUUGGCGAGAAAGGAUCACGGGCUGUAAUAACGGACUCUGGUAAUUUCAUUAUGCUGGACGCCCACAACGAGUCAGCAAUUGUUUGGGAGAGUUUCGCGCACCCCACAGAUACAUGGUUGCCUGGCAUGAAUAUGUGGAAAGGCAUGAAGCUGACUUCCUGGAAGAGUUCUUCGGAUCCUGCCAGUGGGCUCUUCUCUUUCGGAAUGGACAUGUCUCCAGGGAAGACGCAGAUGGUGAUGUUCUUUAACAACACUGUUCCAUAUUGGUCCAGUGGAGACUGCAUUGGACACAAUCAUUUUUCUAAGGUUCCAGAAUUGGAAGGUCAGAAGAAAAUUCAAGCGUCAUGUGUGACGCUUUCUGCUUCAAGAAUAUAUAUCCAUUUUGGCCUAAACCCGAUUGAUCAUAUGAUCACGGGGCGGUUUCUGUUAGAUGAGAACGGCGAAUUUGAACUUUACUUCUGGAUGGAUGAUGGUAGAUGGAGUUUCAGGUGGUCGACAUACCGAGGUCAAUGCAGUGACUAUGAAAUCUGCGGGGCAAAUGGACUGUGCAAUGCGAAUGAUGUGUGUAGUUGUGUCCAGGGCUUCACCCCCAAGCAUGGCUCUCAAGGUUGGUGGUCAAGUGGGUGUGCUAGGCGAAAACCCUUGCAAUGCUCUGUCACGGAGGGAACAACCGACGGCUUCUUGGAAGCCAAGAACCAAUACUUGCCCGAAAAAGAAGCUGUCUUAAUCAACAACGAGCCAACACAGCAAGGCUGCCGGGCUGCAUGUCUCAACAAUUGCUCCUGCACAGCCUUUGCUUUAGCUAUUUCUGAUUCCCCUGUCUGCAGAUUGUGGUUUGGAGAUUUAUUUGGAAUGAGCGUUUCGUCUGAGGGCCUAUCCGUCUUCGUCAGGCUGGCUGCUUCUGAGUUCCCACACUUGAUAUCAGAGCAAAGCAACAAAACCCCUGCACUUACAAUUUUACUUUCUGCCACCGCAUCAUUUUUUGUUCUUUCGGCUCUCCUGUCAGCGGUAUUUAUUCUGUGGAAACGUCGAAGGCUGUCGAAGAAAAACCUUGAAGAGGAAGUGCCAUUGUCGCUCAGAAAGUUCAGUUACAAAGAGCUGCGAAUUGCAACGGAGAAUUUCAGGCAUAAGCUGGGUAGCGGAGCAUUCGGCUCUGUUUACAAAGGAACUCUGCCGGACAAAACGCCUGUCGCGGUUAAAAGAUUAGAGGGUUCUACGCAAGCAGAAAAACAAUUCCGUGCUGAAAUAAUCACCACUGGCAGAUUACAGCACGUGAAUUUGGUUAGGCUGUGGGGAUUCUGUAUAGAACAUUCACAAAGGUUACUGGUCUAUGCCUACAUGCCCAACGGUUCCUUAAAUUCCUUCCUCUUCUGUAAGCCGGAAGACGUAGAGAAAGUGUUGGACUGGAAGACCCGGUUUCAGAUCGCAUUGGGCACUGCAAGAGGAUUGGUUUAUCUGCAUGAGGAAUGCAGGGAUCGCAUCAUUCACUGCGAUAUCAAGCCUGAAAACAUUCUCCUCGACAGCGACUUCAGCCCAAAGGUGGCAGAUUUUGGGCUAGCAAAGCUGGUAGGUAGAGAUUUCAGCCGAGUACUGACAACCACAAGAGGAACUCGUGGGUACGUGGCUCCUGAGUGGAUCUCCGGCCUCCCUAUCACUCCCAAGGCGGACGUAUACAGUUUUGGCAUGACGUUGUUGGAAAUUAUAUCAGGCCGAAGAAAUCUGGAUUUAACGGUGGAGGUAAGUAGAUUGUACUUUCCUAUCUGGGCUUCAUCUCAGAUUCAGAGCGGAAACAUAUUAGACGUUGUGGACGCAAGGAUAGCAAGUGAGGCGGAUAUCGAAGAGGUGAGAAGAGCCGCUAUGGUGGGUGGGCUGUGCAUUCAAGACGAUGAGAAUGAGAGGCCGAGCAUGAGUGAAGUGGUGAAGAUAUUGGAAGGCAGAAUGGAGGCUCGUGUGCCAAAAAUUCCGAGGUCUCUACAGGUCCUAUUGGGUCAGGUUCACGACGACAACGAUCACUGCGGUAAACAUCCUCCCAUAUAAACUGGUUCUGUACACGCAAAACAGUAGCAGGUUUUAAAUGAAAGGUUUAUGAUAGAUAUAGCUGUCAUGUUGACUAAUUUGCAGCAACUUCAUCUUUAUGUAGUACGAAAUAAAUGGGCGGUGGGAAAUAUUCUGAAAUAUUCCUUUAAUCGUCCAUAUCCAUAAUUUUACCAGUUUUUUUCCUUUUACAUUUGUAGAACAGAAUUUAAAAUUAAUAAAAGUUAUUAGUACUGGUCGUUA